CUUAGUAAUUAAUUAAUCAAUGGUUGUGUCCCCUCCCUUCCCCGCGCGGUGGGUGGUGGCGGCCGCGGGCCGGGAGCGCGGCGGGGCCGGGAUGUGGCGGCAGCUGCGGGCGCUGAGGGGCUGCGGGCGGAGAUGGCAGCACCGCUCGGCCAUCCAGGUGACCAACGAGCCCAUCCUGGAGUUCAAGCCGGGGAGCCCCGAGCGAGCGGCGCUCCAGAAGGCCCUCGCUGACCUGAAGGGCAAGACCGAGGACAUCCCGUGUGUCAUCGGCGGGGAGGAGGUGUGGACGCCCACGGUGCGGUACCAGCUCUCGCCCUUCAACCAUGCUCACAAGGUGGCCAAGUUCUGCUACGCCAGCAAGGAGCUCAUUAACAAAGCCAUUAAUGCUGCCUUGGCAGCCAGGAAGGAAUGGGACCUGAAACCUGUGCAGGACCGGGCCCAGAUCUUCUUGAAGGCCGCUGACAUGCUGAGCGGCCCGCGGCGAGCAGAAGUGCUGGCCAAGACCAUGGUCGGGCAGGGCAAGACGGUGAUCCAGGCGGAGAUCGACGCCGCCGCCGAGCUCAUCGACUUCUUCCGCUUCAACGCCAAGUACGCGCUGGAGCUGGAGCAGAGCCAGCCCCUCAGCGUGGACAUCAGCACCAACUCCAUGGUGUACCGGGGGCUGGAGGGUUUCGUGGCUGCCGUGUCCCCCUUCAACUUCACGGCCAUCGGGGGGAACCUGGCGGGGGCUCCGGCGCUGAUGGGCAACGUGGUGCUGUGGAAGCCCAGUGACGCUGCCCUGCUCUCCAGCUACGCCGUCUACAAGAUCCUGCUGGAGGCCGGGCUGCCCCCCAACGUGGUGCAGUUCGUGCCCUCGGACGGCCCCGAGUUCGGCGACGCCGUCACCAGCUCCGAGCACUUCUGCGGCCUCAACUUCACGGGCAGCGUGCCGUAG